AGUGGAAAAUACAAUAUUUACAAUCUGCAUCCUAUUUUUAAGUGAAAAGUACCGUUCUGCAUCGCGAAAAUGAGCGCUACGUUGGUCAGCAUCGCCGAAGAAGACUUCUUUGGCACCGUCAUUCGCUAUGGCCUGUAUGUAGGGGCGAUUUUCCAGAUGGUUUGCCUGGCCGCCUGCAUUGUGCUGCCGGACUCUUCGAACGGUGAUCCCGGAAGCUGGUCACCGAAGAACAACGACAGCGAGGACUCGAGCUCGGAACACUCGUCACCGCAGAAUACUCCCCGGAGACCGUACCACCGGAGCCGCAAGCAGGACAAAAAAAAGCGUCGCUAAAUGAGAAUCCAACUUCCAUGUCCAUUUGGCUGGCCAGCGUGGCCACGUACUUAACCGCAUUCGCUACAUUCCCAGACAAAUACUCAAUGGAGCAAUCCUUUCUGUACCCUAGUGAUCUCAAAUCAUUGUACUAGCGCUGCUGGACGAUCGCUAGAUUGUCGAUUACUUAAUAUUCUCUUCGCAUAGAUGUGCCGUAGAAGCAUUUACUGAUAAAUGUGUUAAUAUGUAAAAUUACA